ACACUGCCCGCAAGGCCAGGUAAUGAGAUUUCAGAGUUAGAGAAACGGAGACGUGGCCGCUAGCGGUCUACACGAGCUACUUACCACAACAAAGGCGUGAAACUUUGCUUGUUCAUAUGGUAUAGACUCCUUCACUCGUAGCUACCGUGUUUGAACUUUGAAAUCUUAACCCUUCAGCCCGCACAACCAACCAGAAGUCAGAAACUUCCUCCCUUCCCCUCGUUAUCCAGUUGAAGAGUCAAGUAGUUGUUUUAUAGCGGUCAAAAUAGUCUCCACAUGACUCCACACCAAAAUAUAUAGUCAUCCCUGAUCUCUCCAAUCCUUCCAAUCUCCAAACUACUCAAAAGAUGAUGGAAAAACCAGUCGAGCAGCUGAAGAAAGAAAGCCAAACCAAGUUUGCCAAGAAUGAAUCUGCAGAGACUCCUACACUCGUGUUAGUCCAGCAGAAAGAAUACCAAUCCAAGGUAAAUGGCAAAAACGAAUCACAGGCCACCGCGAGGCCCCUGGAAAACCAAGCUAAGAUUUCUAAAUCGGCAGAACAACCAGCUGAUGCGGCCGCCAAUCCACUUCUUUGGGACUGUGGAAGCUCCCUAUACGACUCUUUCGAGCUCAAGUCGUUUGAACGCCAACUUGACUCGGCCAUCCAUUCAAGAACUCUGUCAAUGCCCCACUUAUCUGAUCGUCGUGUGAUUGAUGGUGGUAAUCACCACCAGCCGCCAUCUCAGCCGCCUCAGCCCAUGUCUAAGAAGUCCUCCAAAAUUUCGCGUUCGUUUCACAAGUUUCUUCGAUCAGUAUUCAAGCCCAAGGCACAAAAUGGUAACAAGAAUCCUUUCUUUCCGGCUAAUGAGCAGCAGGCUACGCGGGAUGGAUUUUACGUGGUCUAUGACAUUGACAAGUCCGGGGCUCUUUCAACUAUUCCAGAAGUUUCGGAGUUCGAUGGUCUUUCACCCGAGUACAAAUCUUUGGUUGGAAGAACUGCAUCUGAUCGAUUUGCCGUUAGUUCCAUAGGUAUUUCUUGUGCUUGAUUAGAUAAAUAGAAACUGUGGCAGUGUGAAUAUUUCCAUAAUCAGUAAAAUUUUAGACGUGCCUACGAAAUAAACUGAAAUAAUAUUCCCUAAUGAUUGUAUAACCAGUUGUACAGUACUGUCAUGCUCCGUAGUGAUUGUAUUUUAUGUAUUCGGGUUUCUUC